UAAGGUCUUUUGUAACAAAUAAAGUACAAUUUGCCGUUUAAAUGUUUUUCGCUACUGACGUGAGCUGCAUUAAAUAUCAUAUUUCUUGUAACACGAUUGCUGGCUAGCUUAAUAGCUUGGGUUAGCAGGCUCGCUAACGUUGAAUGAUUAUAGCUUCGUCGUUGGCUCUCGCCUACCAGGAUAGCUAAUCCAGGGCGGCAGUUAUACAGCCUUACCUCGUAUGAACCUGUUUUCUAGGCAAGAUCAUAUGAUAGCAGGCUGCGUGUUGCUAAUUCGCCAGCAAACAUUCGCUAUACGCUUCAAGGACGGUUUUGAGGAACAGGUAAUUUAUCAACGAUUUGACCAACCUGAUAGCGUGUUACACAGCACAAUCCUGCUCUGUUUCCUGGUUCAUGAUGGCGGACGGUCUCGUGAAGGCCAGCUGCCUGCUGGGCGUGAUUGCCAUGGCGAUGCUCCCCAGCUGCCGGCCGGAGGAUCCGCCGCGCCUCCUGCUGGUGUCCUUCGACGGUUUCCGCUGGGACUACGUCCAGCGCGUGGCCACGCCCAACUUCCACGCCCUGAUGGAGGAAGGGGUGCGGGUGGAGCAGGUGGAGAGCGCCUACAUCACCAAGACGUUCCCGGACCACUACACCCUGGUGACCGGGCUGUACACGGAGAGCCACGGCAUCGUGGGCAACGAGAUGUACGACCCCGACCUCAACCUGACCUUCAGCAUGGACCACCCCAGCGCCCGCGACCCGCGCUGGUGGGACGGGGCGGAGCCGCUGUGGGCCACCAAUCAGAGGGCGGGGCACGGGAGCGGCGCCGCCAUGUGGCCCGGCACGGACGUGGAGAUCCGCGGGACCUACCCCACCCACUUCCUGCCCUACAACGCCUCGGUGGAGUUCGAGGCCCGGGUGCGGAGCCUGGUGGGGUGGUUCGCGCGGGACCCGUCCGUGCGCCUGGGGCUGCUCUACUGGGAGGAGCCUGACGUCAGCGGCCACGCCCUCGGGCCCGACAGCUCGCUCAUGGACGCCGUCAUCGCCGACGUCGACGCCAAGCUGGGCUUCCUGCGCCGGGAGCUCCAGAGGGCGGGGCUGUACGAGCGGCUCAACCUGGUCGUCACUAGCGACCAUGGCAUGGCUCAGAUGUCCGGUGAGAGGGUGGUGGAGCUGGACGCGUACCUGAGCCGGGACGCCUACACCUGGAUCGACAAGAGCCCCGUGGUGGGCAUCCUGCCCCAGGAAGGGAAGCUGGAGGAGGUGUACCGCUCCCUGGCCAACGCCCACCCCAGCCUGCACGUGUACAGGAAGGAGGAGAUCCCCGAGCGCUUCCACUACCAGCACAACGACCGCAUCAUGCCCAUCAUCGUCGCCGCUGAGGAAGGCUGGACCAUCGUGCAGAACAAGAGCGACGGCUUCAUGCUGGGUAACCAUGGUUACGACAACACCUUACCCAGCAUGCACCCCGUGUUUGUGGCCCGAGGUCCCGCCUUCCGCCGGGCCUACAGCAAGGCGUCGGCGCGUGCGGUGGACCUGUACCCGCUCAUGUGCCACAUCCUGGCCCUGCCGCCCGCGCCCAACAACGGCUCAUUGGCCAACGUGCGGGACCUGCUGCGCGAAGCCCCGCCCCCCACGCAGGCCCCGCCCCCCGUCCCGGAGCCCACCUACGCCCGUGUUCUGGGCGCCCUGCUGGGCGUGGUCUUGGUGCUCGGCUUCCUGCUGGUCUUCCUGAAGUAUGUCACCCUCCGGCAGCUUCCGGCCACGCCCACCGGCAACCCUGAAAUCGCCAGGCCCCUCCUGCAGGACCACCUGGAGAUUUAACCUACCCUCAGGCCCCUCGUCUCGUGUGUGUGUGUGUGUGUGUGUGAGUGUGUGUGUGAGACAGUGUGCGUCAGUGUGUCAGUGUGUGUGAGCGUGUGUGAGCGUGAGCAAGUGUGAGUGUGUCUGUGUGUAAGUGUGUGAUUUGUACGUGUGAGUAUGUGUGUGUGUGUGUGUGUUGGACAUGAUCAUUUUAACAGGUUUAAUGUCAUAACCAUUAAAACAGCGUAGCCACACACUAUCAGUAUAUAUGUGUCUCUGCCUUAAUGUGAAAGGCUGCUCAGCUCUAACUGGGCCCAGUUUUCAGAAUGGAAUGAAGUUCUGUUCCCGGGGUUCAGUAUGAGGGAGAUGUGUAACUCAGAUUAAGAUACAAGGGGGGUGUGGUGUAAUUUACAGUUUUUUCGCUGGCUUGCGUGGUUUUGAUAGGCUGUGGCAAAGAGAAUGUCGUACGUGUCAGUUGUUGCUGAAUUCUGCUGCACGUGUUCAGAAGGUCUGCUCCCAGAAACCUUGAGAAAACUUUGCACACUUUAAAUUAUCCAAUGUGAACUUUCCUCACUGUGAUAUAAGGCAUUGCUGGGCAGAGCUGAGUACAGUGGAAUAUAGCAGAGUGUAGUGGAGUAUAGUAGAGCAUAGUGGAGUGCUGUAGAGUAUAGCGGAGUAUAGUAAAGUACAGUAGAGAUUGUGUGUGCAAUGAGGCCUUGCUUGCGUGAGACUUAACAGUAAAUAACAGGAAGUACCCUUUUUGCCUUUUCUGAUUGGUUGUUGUCCAGUCCGUCUCCGUGUCACAGAAUUACACAGUAUUUCUUUGGUUACCUUGCAUUACUUACAUCAAAUUCACACAUUCUGAGGACGAUCUGUAACUAUUAAAGAAUUUUAAUACCUAAGUACGAACCGUUACUUUCAUUUAAAUGGUUUACUAAAAAUAGACGUGGCUUCCUUUUCCCAGAACAGAGAGCCAUUGUUGGAGAUUGCUGUGCAGGUUUUGCGUACAGUAUGCGGACAUGCCUUGCCCUGCAGAACCUUGGUUUGGUGGAAACCGAGCCAUAAUGGCGGCUCGAGCGGACCGAUAAUGGCUGCAGUGGGAGUGCAAAGCCUUGUAGAAUCGCCGCCUUAGUGAUGGUGUUUCGCGUAACGUUUUUUUUCAUGUUGGCCUUCAUGAAGCAUUUUAUUGUCCUUUAAAAAUGAGGCAUUUUAUUGCUUUACCUGUGGUAUUGGCAUUAGUAUUACAUGUGUCCUGAUUUAUUUUUUUAAAGAGUGUUUUAAGAGCUACUUUUCUGUUUUGCACUAAAUGUUAGAAUGGGAAUGACCUGCCCUGCUGUGUGCAAAGUGUCUCAGAAAGUCUCAGAAGCUCGGGUCACCUGUAGUGUUGAGGUGUUGGCCAGUGUCACAUGACACGAGUCACAGAGUAUCGUGUCCCAAGCACUGCUGACGAUGUUAUUGGUGUUUUGCCUUUUGUUUUUUAAAUCUUGUUUGUGUCAAAGUAAAUGGUGCAUGAACAGGGGGGAAUUAAAGGCUUUGUUACACUGUGAGGUGAUCGCAUAUGUAACCCAGCAGGUGGCGCUGUUUAUGCUCGACACUUUGGCUUGGCUGAAAACAUUAGUGCAGGGGUGUCCAGUCUUACCUGGAAAGGGCCAGUGUGUGUACAGGGUUUUUGUUUUAGCCCAGCGCGAAGAUAACUGAUUCUACGUAUCGAGGUCUCGACUGAAGACCAUGAUUAAUUAAUCGGUUUGAUCGGGUGUUGUAGUGCUUGGCAAAAAUAAAAACCUGCACCCACACCGGCCCCUUUUGGAUGAGAUUGGACACCCAUGACCUAGAUCAGAGCUGGCCAAUCUCGUUCCUGGAGAUUGACUGUCCUGUGGGUUUUUUACUCCAACCCUAAUGAAGCCUAGCAAAGCACACCUCAUUCAUCAGCUGGAGAUUUCGUCGAUUAGUAGAGUCAGAUGUGCCAAAUUAGGGUUGAAAUGAGAACUUACAGGAUGGUAGAUCCCCAGGAGCAGCGUUUGGCAGACCUUCCCUAAGUGAUUUAUUAUCUUACUGUCACUUAGUUACCUGAAGUGUUCUGACAGCUUUGUCCACAGCAGUGAAAUCUCCCAUGCAAAGGGACGUUAGCACUGUGAUGUAGUUCUAUCAGCUACAAGUACCAGAAAUUUAAAAUAAUAUAUUUUUUAUGCAUUGUGUGUGACAGUGGCUGCCUUACUAAUAAUAAUUCAUGAUUUGUUGUCGCCUUGUCGUCGUCCUGCUCCUGUUUAAAUCCAUUAAGAUGUGGCUGAUUCUCAUUGGAAAGCAUGUGCGGGGAAUAUAUUUCAGAAGCUCCUGUUGAAAAGUACCGGAAGGCAUGUGGCAUUGUCAAAUGUCAAACGUUUCCCCAAAUUCAACAUGUAAGAAAAAAAAUAAAUGAAAAAUUUUCUUUUUUGGCCAUUA